AUGGUCCCCCAAAACACUUUCUCCACUUUUCACCAACCUGUCAUCAUGAGCCCCAAAGGACUGCUCCUGAUCACACAAAUCCUCUUCGGGUUGCUGGUGUGGCUCCUGGUUGGAGGAACAGACAUCCUCCAUGUUCCAGCUCUCUGCUGGGUGAUGUUCGUCGCUGUCUCUUGUUGGAUUCUUUCCCUCAGUUUCUUCAUCAUCUUUCUGAGUGAAAUCCCAAUCAGAGCCCCGCACAUUCCCUGGACAGUUCUGUCCCUCUGUGUGAACGCUGCUGCUGCGUGCCUGUACCUGAUGGCAGCGGUGGUAAACACUGCUACUGUGAAUGAGGCCACAAGAGGGCGCCACAACUACAAAUGCUGGACUGCUUCAUCUUGUUUUGCAUUUCUCACCGCUCUGUCUUACGUCGGCAGCAGCUGCUUGAGCUUCAGAGAAUGGAGACACAUCAGAGCUCCUUCCGCAGUGAGCAGUGUGUAG